GCCCCUUUCACUUUUCUCUGGAAGUUGAAUCAGCUCACUCACGGUGGCGGCACGCAGAGUCCACUUGGGACGACUGACAAAGUGACUCGAACCUCUCCUGAGACCCCAGGAGGUGUGCGGGUGCGACGACAUCUUACGUCACGUGGGCCCACGAGCACUCGCCUCAUCUGUCACGGGACGGCAGGGAUCGAGAGUUUCUUCAACAGGCAAGUUAAAAAAAAAAAAAAAAGACGCUCUCCCUAAGUCUCAACUUCAAGUGGAUAAAACUGAUACUAAGAAGAACGAAACAACGCGUACACGUUGGGAAGUUUGAUCCGCAGCGGCCUAUGAGGAAACGAGAGAAAACCGGAUCCGGAAAAUUGUCAAACUGUCAAACAAACUGACGCCCAGGUUGACCAUGGCCCAGUGGAGUCGCAUCAGCCAGCUGAUACAGUACCUGCCUGACGAGACCAUCAACGACUUCUACCCCUCAGUCACCUUUGCUAUUGAAGUGCGACACUUUUUGUCUGAGUGGAUUGAGAAGCAAAGAUGGGAGGAUUUUGCCCUUGAGAACAUGGAGCAGGAAGCAAAUGCCCGCGCUCUUUUGGACGAGAUCAUCAUGCUGCUACAGUCGUCGUCUCAGCAAAAUGCUAACGUGGUGGAUAAAAUGAAGCUGAUGCAGAUUAGCAAGAACAUGAGCAUGUUUCAGCAUCAGCCGCUGCAGUUUGCAGUGAUGGUGAGGGACACGCUUCGCAAAGAGAGGGUCCUGCUCAGGGCUAUGCCGCAAGUAAACAACCCACAACAGCAUCAACAGUAUAUCACCAGAGAAUCUGCAUUUCCCAGCAUGCAGGAUGUGGACCACCUGGUUCUCAAAGUACUGGAGGUACAGGACUUACGACAAAACAUACACCAGGUGCAGGAAGAGCUCAACUGGGAAAGGCAGAACUAUGAGUCUUUGCAAGGAACCAUGGAUACUACGCUGUCGGAAGUCACCAGACUGCAAAACCACAUUCAGCAGCUGGAGUAUAAUGUCAACACAAUGGCAACGAAGCGUUUUCAGUUGCUUCGUGAGUGUGUGGACUGUCUGGACCAGUGUCAGACGCAACUCCUCAGCAGGCUGAAGGCCUGGAGAGGGGAGCAGUACAAGGCAACCAUUGGACAUCCUUUUAAUGACAACCUCAAUGUCCUGCAGAUGUGGUGUGAGCAGCUUCUUGGUGUGAAUGGGAAGCUGAGACAGGAAUUAAUGCUGAUCGUCGACCCAAUCCUAGAGCUGCAGGAAAGGCUCGGGCAACUACUGCAGCUUCUGAUUCAAAGCUCUGUUGUGGUGGACAAGCAGCCACCUCAGGUUAUUAAGACUCAGUCCAAGUUCUCCACAACUGUGCGCUACCUGCUAGGUGAGAAGGUAGCACCCGGGAAGCCCGUGGUGGUAAGGGCACAAAUCAUUAAUGAACUCCAGGCCAGAAGCCUGAACAUCACACCCAGUGACAAUGUUGGGGAAGUGAUCAAUAACACAGCCAUCCUUGAGCAUAACACAACCAGCAAGAGCACAUGUGCCACCUUCAGGAAUAUGUCCAUCAAGAAGAUCAAGCGAGCAGACAGAAAGGGAUCCGAGUCUGUGACUGAAGAAAAAUUUGCCCUCCUCUUCUCAACAGAGAUCACCAUCACAGGUUGUGACACUGCCUACAGAAUCCAGAUGAUCUCAUUGCCGGUCGUCGUCAUUGUCCAUGGCAGCCAAGACAACAAUGCGCUGGCUACAAUCAUAUGGGAUUGUGCUUUUUCUGAGCCAGACAGAGUACCAUUUGUGGUGCCGGAGCGUGUGCCAUGGAAGCUCAUGUGCAGCACUCUCAACAGUAAAUUCACCUCAGAGGUUCAGACACAUCACAACCUCGACCACUACAACCAACACUUCCUGGCCCAGAAGAUAUUUGACAAACCAGACUUCAACGAUGACUUCAGCAACAUGAUGGUUUCCUGGACUCAGUUUAAUAAGGAAGUCCUCCCAGGUCGACUGUUUACGUUCUGGCAGUGGUUUGAGGGAGUGAUGGACCUGACAAAAAAACACCUGAGGACAUACUGGAGUGAUGGGCUCAUAUUUGGUUUCAUUGGCAAGCAGCAUCUACAUCUGAUUCUUAAAGAGAGGCCCAAUGGAACAUUCUUGCUGCGCUUUAGCGACUCUGAGAUUGGAGGCAUCACCAUCGCUUAUGUGGCUGCAGCGGAGAUGGGUGAACACAAACAGAUCAUCAAGAAUAUCCAGCCCUUCACCAAGAGAGAUCUGGACAUCCGGAGCCUUGGCGACCGCAUCCGAGAUAUCAGUGACAUCACAUUCCUCUACCCUGACUUUCCUAAACAUGACGUUUUCAAAAUGUACUAUUCAGAGCCCCAAACAUCCACCAGUGGUGGCUACAUCCCAGUAUCACUCCAUACUAAAGUGGGCAUGGAGACUGGCUCACUUGCAACUAAUGUUACCAGUGUGGCACAUCAUACUGAAAGCCACCACAAUGCUGCCAGAUAUCAAGUGGAUGCUGGCUCAGGUGUACCGUGUGUCCCUAAUAUGACGAAUCACGCCGAAAGCUCCCACAAUGCUGUUGGGUACCCUCUGCCUCAGUUCCAGCAGUUCACUCCUCAAGAAGCUAUCACACGAGAGCAAAUGGAAACCUCGGAUUCGCCCGCAGUAGAGUUUAGUCCAGACCCCGUUGUCUUCAGUGACGAGGCCACAGGGGACAUGGACCUCGUCUUGAAUAGUCUUCUGAGCUUUUCUUGAAGAUCCAUUCUACAUGCCUCGUUUUUCCUUUGAUCGACAUUCAGAACGUGACAGGUUCAACACAAGUAGUGAUUUUUUCAGAACAUAUAUCCCAGGUGAUUUGUUGAUUUUGACUUCUUCGCGUGUCCACUUUAGCAACAGUUAUUACUGUAUACAACUUGUGUCCCCUAUGAAAAUAUCAUGGCAGUGAAAUGUAUUUUAAGAUGUUUAAGGCAAAAACAAUGUUUGAAUUUCCACCCUGUUGUCCACGCUAGCGUGUAAACCACUGCUCGCAGACAGAUUCAAUCAGUACUAGCUGAACUGAAUUUGGUUCUAGAUAUGUAAAUGAGAUGUUGUGUGAAAGGUGGUAGCUUUAGCUUAAUUCAUUCAUCCACUCAAAACUGUAUUUCUAAAUAAUGUGUUCAUAUUGGAAAAAUGACCAAUUAUUUGUGAAAAGUCGUUUCUACUUGAGUUCCAAAGUAAAGCUUUCUUAAACAAAUACUUGUAUAAAGGAGAAAACGUAGUAACCUUAGCAUUUAGGUUUGGAUGUAGGCCAUCAAUCAAGGCAUUUAUAGCGUAUUGCAGCCAUAAAAGUCCAAGUUAAUGAUUAUUUGCUCAAAACAAAGUUUAUCAGUUUGAACAUUAAAUAUCUUGUCUUUGGAGUGUAUUCAAUUAAAUAUAGCUUGAACAUGAA